GUUCAAAUUUCGAAAGUUCGAAACUUCAAAUACAAAACCAAGAAAGAAGAAAAAAAACCUCUGAAGAAACCAUGAGAACCUACUUUCCGCAAUCAAAAUCUAGCAGCAUAGAAGAUGAAGAAGAAGAUAACCAUGAAAGUAGCUGUUACUACUACUACCCUGAUUGCAAAAAAGAUGCAAAUUGUAACUGUGAAAUUUGUUUGGCAAGCAUCAAUGCAACCCUUGACCUCAUUCCCAAUAGCUCCUUAACUAAAUUCUCUUCCUCCAAACCCAAUUUUCAAAUCACUCCAAUUUCCUUUCAUUCUUCCAUUCUCUCCACACCCAAAAAAAGUUUUCAUUCUCGAAGCAUAAUACCACCUUCCACUCCUAUCUUAAAAUCUAGUGCUAAAUCAAACUAUGUCCACAAAAUGGAAAAGAAGAACAAGGGACAAGAAAGGUAUUUCUCUGGUAUUGAUAUCUUGAGAGUGAUGGCUGUUUUGGGUUUUCUUUUCUUUGCAGACAUUGUUCUGUCUCGGGUGGUUUCUGGGGUUUUUCAACCUUCUUUUUCACCUGAUGUGGUGAAAAGGGUUGGUGAGAAAUGUCACAAAAUUCAAGAUUUGAAUGGGAAGUUGAGAUUUUUGCAGAAUGAAUUGGGAAGUUUUGUUCAUGGAAAAGUUUCAAAUUGCGGCUUUUCUGACACCUCAUGGGAAAUCAGCCAGGAUGGUGUAUUAUUGAAUUCAAGGUGCAAAUUGUAUAAGUCAUCAAUUGAGGAAGUAACAAUUUGGGGUUGGCCUCUACAAACAGCUGGAAUGCUCACAACAAGGUUGUCUUUUCGUACACUAACUAUCUUAUCAGGAAGAGUUACUGAGUGGAAUGAUGGACAAAUCAGCUAUUUGAUUCGAAAGACCAAUACUUCAUGGGUUCAGCCAAAAUGGGGUGCUUCAGUAGUGCAAUUAGACCCUAAUACAUGGAUUCUUGAAUAUCAAAGAAGCUCUAUUGUUGAUGGAACGGGACUUUUUUCUGCAGCAUUGGAAUUCUUCAAAUAUAGGAUUUCAAGGAUUGUUGGCAAGAUGAAGAAAGAUUUCUGGCAGUUUGCUGAAUUUGAAUAUAAUUAUCAGUACAAUUGGUUCACAACAAAUUAUGGAUCUGACACCCCAACUUGAAAUGAUUAGUCGAUUUUGGAGCUAUGUCAUCCUUUAUUAGCACAAUGCCCUCAUUUCUUGUGAGAAGCUUCAAUAUUUUGUUUUACUGUAAAGGUUCUUUACCUUGAAUUUUAUCUGUCGAUUCUUGGUCAACAAUUUUAUCCUUUAUUAAGCACAAUGUCCUCAUUUCUUGUUUGUUAAUUAUGUGAAAUGGCCUUAUAUAUGAAAUCAAGCUUAAUUUU